AUGAAAGGUGAAUUUGAGACGAGCAUGAUGGGAGAACUAACCUUCUUCCUUGGACUUCAAAUCAAGCAGUCUCCUAAAGGAAUCUUUAUCAGCCAAUCAAAAUACACCAAGGAGCUUAUCAAAAAGUUUGGAAUGGAAAAUGUUAAGGCUAUUGGUACUCCUAUGAGUCCAACUACUGUGCUAGAUGACGACAACAAUGGAAAAAUGGUUGAUGAAACCAUGUAUAGAGGAAUGAUUGGAUCUCUACUUUAUUUAACUGCUAAUCGACCAGAUAUUAUGUUUAGUGUUUGCAAAUGUGCUAGAUUUCAGUCAGUUCCUAAGGAAUCACAUUUGACUGCUGUUAAACGUAUUAUUAGAUAUUUAAUUGGUACUACUGAAUUCGGCCUUUGGUAUGAUCAUUCUAACAAUUUUUCUUUAAGAGGCUUUUCAGAUGCUGAUUUUGUACGAGACAAAACUGAUAGGAAAAGUAUCAGUGGGACAUGUCAAUUACUGAAAAAUGCCUUAGUAUCUUGGCACAACAAGAAAUAA